AUGAAGCUCGAAACUCUCCUCCCAGUGAUCGUGCUAAUUGUAGUGUCUUUGCUAACGGUUUGCCAGGGACAAAAUGCCGUCAAUGACCCAGAACCGCAACCGGAACCGAUCGUUUGUACCGAGCCGAACGAAACGUACGAUGAUUGUGGUCCCAUUUGUGGCGAUCGUACCUGUGCUAACCAGCGCAAGAAUGACGUGAGCUGCAGGCGAUCCUGCACCGAAGGCUGCUUCUGCAUAGGUGGUUAUGUGCGCAACAAGUCAAGGAAAUGUGUUCCAUCUUAUAUGUGCACGACAAUGGGCUAG